GGCCCCGCCCCUCCCAGGUCGCCUCUGGCAACCACCUCCAGCAGGCUUUGCCGCCUGAGUUUUUCUUGCAACUAUUGGGCUGGUUGUCCCAGCGUGCAAUGCGCGGGCGGGAGGUUUGGAGUCACUUGGUGCAUCUGGAACGUGGCGAUUUGGCUGCCUUGGAGAACUGGUUUGGUUUGGUUUUAACUCCUGACCCGUCGCAGAUAAUUUGCAUUGAUUAAAGGCCUCAACUGGAAUCCAUUUGCAUUUGGAACUGGAUCAACACAGAGACUUGAUGAAUUACAGUGGCUGGCAAACAAGCGAUGCCAUUUAAUGAGCAAGCAAAGUUCUUGUGCUAUAAUGGGGAAAUCCUUGUUUUUCAGUUGUCCGGAGGCGAGUUUGCAGAUUUAGAAAUGCCCACAGAUCCAUCUGUCUUAUGUGUCAAAAGGAUGAUAUUUGACAGAGAAACUAGUACAUUCCUUGUGAUAUCCACUGUUUCUUUAAACCUCAAUGAAAAAGAUUCUCAUUUAAAAAUUCUGUGUUGUUACUGUGUGUCAGAUUUCAGAACUAGAGUUCACCUUCCUUGCAUUUUGAUACAAUGUAGAAAAUAUAAUAGUAAAGCUUUCAAAUAUUAUAUACUGUUUCUUCACAAUCUCAACAAACUGGAAAAACUUUUGAGUUUUGAACUAAACCAUGCAUUGGAUGAGAACACAAAGAUCUUUGAUGGCCCUAUAGUUUUUUGGCAGGAUCUCAACCAAUUCUUCUAUAUCUCUUCUGAAAUUGGGAAAGUUACUAAUAUAUCAGUUAAGCUUUCCUCUAUUGAGUGGAUAGGUGAGAUUGAAAAUUUUGGCGUAGGUUUCUUGGGGCUAGCAGAACCAUCUGAGGAAUGUACCCACAAGCUUUCAGAAUCAGAUUAUGAAUUUUCCAAUUCUAUCCUUUAUGCAUAUGCUCUUAAAAGUCAAGAAAUGUUAAGCAAUAGUUACCUGAUCCCUCUUGCUUACAGUAGUGUAGUAAGUCACGUGCAUGUCUGUGCAGCUGAGAUGGUGGACAGCCAGUUAAGAAUGUCUCUGAUUGCUCUGACACGAAAGAAUCAGCUCAUUUUGUUCCAGAAUGGCAUUCCUGUAAGAGCAUGUCAGCUUCCAUUUCUAGAUCCCCGUACAGUUCAAAUUCUAGAUGCAGGGAAAAGAAACCGAUUUUUCAUCGUGUCAUUCCCGUCCAAGGCUUGUGCAGUUUCAGAAAAGAAAUUUAAGGUUGUUGCUAAGUGGGAACAACUUAGCUUGGUACUGGUAAAUGACUUUGCUGGAGUUGGAACUGAACAAGUCCUGGUCGUUUUUGAGGACUCUCUGGAUGCAGAUCAGCUGACCUCAUUUACAAUAACAGAUUUUGUCAAAAUGUGGUAUUCAACCAAACCACUGGAUUGCUAUGAAGACCCUUUGGCUGAAGAGGAGCAUGAAAAUUAUUAUUUGGUGCUUCCAGCACUGGAAGCCCAAUUAGACAAUUCUUUUAUUUUUCUUAACAAAUUCAAGCAGCAUAUCUCAUUUAAGGAUAAAUUUAUUGCAAACUCUUGGAAGGCUCUUUUAAACUCCGUGUAUGGGAAAGUUGAUAGUGUGCCAAGUGAAGAGGAGGGGAAGUUAGAGCAGGGAGGUCUUGUUCCUUUCUGUGAUGAAGAGGAAAACAGUGUCCCUACCCCUGAGGAAAACUUACCAGAAAAUUGUUCAGAGCCAGAACAUAUUGUAGAGCAGACAUGGUGCCGUGUGCUAGAUGACGACUUAGUUGUUGGCGCAAAAGUCACAUCUUUGAAGCCAUCUAACGAGAUGACUUUAUCACUGAUAAUGGAUCAAGGAAACAGGUCCAGUUUUCAUCUUGUGAAGUGUCAAAGUCAGGUGAUUAGUUUGAGUAUGAAUUCUUUUCCAGAAGCUUACUUGAUGCCAAAGGAAACAGGACCAGAGAUCAAAAGAAUGAAGUUGACUUCUGGUAUCAAGGAAGAGAAAAGCUCUUUUUGUGGACACUCAUCUAAGGCAGAAUCUAUACACAUAAUUACUGCCAUAACUUCUCUUUCACCACUGUUAGUAUUCAACAAAUUGUGUUGCACUGUGCUGCUAAACGUUAGUGACAGAGAUAAUCAUAAAAGUACUGUGCAUGACUAUAUUUUCUGUGGCAACCUUGAUUUGAAUCUACAAGAUCUUUUUAGUAAGAACCACCUACUGGCAUUCCCAAAGAAGCAAUCCAUAGAACAUACGGAGGAUCUUUUUUCACUUCUUGGAGUAUUGCCCAAGUACCCCUUCUGUGUCACCUCACCUACCCAUGCCCCGAAUUUUAUGAAGGUAUGGCUCUUGAAACACAUGAAAUGUGAAAGAGUUCAAGACUAUACAGAAAUUUACCUUUAUAAAAAGCUACGGAAUUGUGGAGCACUCUUCUCCUGGGAGCAGAGAACAGCAUUUGAAGGAAUUUUAACAAUACAUUGCAGGAGCCAAGGAGUUUUGUUCCAGUGUCUCGACCAUCUCAUCAAAGUUCUCCCUGAAAUAUGUUCCUUCAAAUAUCUGAAGUUUGAAAAUGAGGAUUUCUUAGUUGAUCAUUUGUCAUCCACUUUGGAGGCGGAACUGGUUACCUUUUGUUCUGUUUCCACUUCUGCCUUCGAUUAUGUUAGAGGCGGAGGGGUUUCUAACUGCAGAACAAGGAAAACAGAUAAUAGGGCCCCAGCUUUUUCAGGAAGAAGGGCCAAAAUCCGUCAGUACAAGCGCGAAGUUCAGAGAGAAAAGAUAUUAAAGCACCUGAACAAGACGGUAAACGGCAGCAGCUAUGCGGAGAUGACUUUGGCAUUAGCUGAGAUUCAGUUGAAAUCAGACCUCAUUGUAAAGUCAUUGGCUGAUUUGUAAUUUCACUUUAAAAAUAUUGAUUUAAAAUAUUUCAUAAUUAUUGGCCUCACUUGUUAUCCUUUCUUAAUAUAAAGAUAAAAGCUUAUUAUAAUUCCUAGA